UAAUAGCCAAUGUAAUUUGUUGACAAAUAUUGAAAUUUAUACGUUACCAGAGGUCUCACGUAUUGUUACCUUUUAAAAUGGUCAUUUGUUAACCAGUAUUGCCUAAUGAGGCAAUCAAAAUGUCAUCUGUUGCAUAGGUAACAGGAAACUACCAUUACUCAUGUUGUGAGAUGGUCAAAGACCUUAUCAUAUUUUAUGGCUAACAAACUCAUGAUGUUGUCAUAUAUGCCCUCAUCACAGUGUUUAUGAUACCUAAAAGUUAGUGCCUAAAAAUUAGAAACAAGGACAGUGAAGUUAGAUUGUUUAAUCCUGCAUAUCUUAAAGAUCUAACAUUUUCUGGCUGUUAAAUAUGUUUAUCAUUAUACUAGUAAUGUACGUGCACCAUUUUUAUUAUAUUAAUUCAUUGCCACUGUACAACUAAAGAGGAUGGAUGAAUUUUAAAAACUUCCAAAAACUUGGUAGUAUUUUUUAAUCUUUCUCUUCCUCUUUUCUUUCUGUCUUCCACACACACACACACACAAACACACAAUACACAUACAUACAUGCACACAUACACAUCAUGAAGAGCAAGCUUUGGAAUGAAAUAUACCUGGGUCCAAAAAUUUUGAACAAAUUGUUGACUUUCUUUAUGUAUGAAAUUAUUAUUAUCACAUCUACUUUGGAGGGAUGUUGUGAUGUAUAAGUAAGAAAGUAUAGUCUACUUAGCAUGUAGGUAAUUAAUAAUUAGUAGUUAUUAUUAUUAUCCUAACCUGACAGUUUAUGAAAGAGGUAGGAAAUCUGAAGAUAGGAAAGCCUUCAAAAUAUAAUACUCUGGACUUCUUCUUUGGGAAUUAAGGAAUGUAGCUCCAAGCAAGGUUCAUGCCAGUAGGAAAGUCCUUGAAUCCAAUUGUAUUCCUAGUAAGUGUAAUAAAAUAAAAGAAACCUCUAGAAAUUGCCUCAAAAUUCCCCUCCAGAUAAGGAAAAUAACACAAUAUUUCUCAAUAAUGAGGAACUGCUACAGGAGUUCAGUGUCUUAUUCUCAUUAACAUUAGAGUACAAUAGAGAAUAGCAGGAAACUGUAAAAACUGCAGUCCCCUGGUCUUUUUUUCUAAAAAGUUAGUUUGACAUAUCUGGAGUACUGAAUUUCAGCAUAUUUGAGAGGCCUGAAUAUUUAGUUGAUAUAUAAUAUGGCUCUAAGAAAUAUGCUCAUGAUAGAUUGGAAAGUAUAGAAUAUCUAUUGUAAUCUGAAAAUAGGAAUUUAGAGAACAGAAGAUUUGAUAGUAGGCAGAGUAUUUGAAAAUACUUGAGAAAACCUGAGUUGUAUAGUAAAAUUACUCCGUAACACCUCAUUCAAUUGGCUUCAUUUAAUGUUUAAUGUUUAAUUCAUGGAUAAAUGUCAUAAGUCUCACAAGUCACGCUCACCAUUGAAUGAUAAGAGAAAGGGAGAUCACAUUUUAGGUGCGCACAAUCUACCUGUAUGCAAUUGACGCUUUCCAUGUAAGUGUUGCCGAGUUGUAUCAGGGCACCAUUAGUGGUAUGAGACAGACUUUAGGAGUUAUUUUGGACUCUUUUUUUUCUAUUAAUAUAUACUUAUAUUUUGGGGGCAAAUUAUACCAGUAUAUUAAAUCUAUUUACAGAAUAAAUAUAAAGUUACCUUUUAUAUUCAGUUUAAGUUUUUUUAAAAAGUGAGUCAAUUAAGAAAAAUAUCAAAUCAUGGUAUAGAUGGAAUGCUAAUAUGGAAAGAAUUAUGAAGGUGGUGUUAUGACUGAAGUUUCAGAAACAUCAAAUGACAUAGUCAUUUGAUUCAACAAAACAUCUACAGAUGGAUGACCCAAUGGACGUAUACAUCUAUGGUACAGUCUAUUGAAAUGUGGUAACAACCAGAAAGUAAAAGGUCCAUACAUUAUACAAUUCAGUACAACAGGGAGAUACUGAGAAAUAAUCGCAUCUUCUGGAUCAAAAGCAUGGGCCACAUGGUUCCUAAAUCCCAUCUCCCCAUAUUCAGGCCUCCUCAUCAGCCUGCAUGCCAUCAUAUGCUUGCAUGCUAACAGGAAUUUGGAGGGAAAUGCCAUGUCUUUUCCAUUUGGGGAAGCUUUUCAGAGGGAAAACUACAGGAUGCUUAGAUAGCAAAACAUUCUUUCAGAAAUGUUCAUGUGAGAAAUGGUCUUACAAGUGGAUAAAACUCUGUAACAUCAAAUACAUACUUUUUUUUUUAUUCUGUCACUACCUUAAAUAUUAGGAGUAGAAGCAAAACUUAAAUUUAAAUCUCAAUGGUCUUACAACAUAGCGCAUCUUUCUUUCUCUGUAAUGGCAACCUUGAUGUACCAAUCCAAAAACUUUGAGUAUUCUGGUUAGUUCCAUACAUUGUCAGAUUCCCCACUUAAGUUUGUUUUUGCCGGGGGAGAGGGACGAUUUCUUAGUCAUUAUGGUACUAUUAUACAGUCUUUAGUAGAUGCCCAAUAAGUGUGUUAGGUUUUCAGAGAAAGAUUCUAGGAAGAUGUAGAAUGUUGGGCAAGUAAGCGAGGAACAGCACAUGGGGCUGCACUAAACUUGUGUGUGUGUGACAGAGAAGGGAGUGGCAUCAGGCUAAAUAAUCUCAUUGGGACAUGGAUCUGGGGGACAGUAGAACACAGGCUAAUUAUUUCUGGAGAGUUGAAAACUCAACAGUCAGACAUUACAUGCUCUGAUCAUUGUCAUUUUCUUUCUGAAAUGGCAACUGGAAGCUAUUUGGUAGACCUUACAUGGAGGGAACAGUGUUUCAAAUAAAUAGUAGUUGCCUAAUUUUACUUGGUUUGCUUUUGUUCUUUCUUUUCCCACAUUUAAAUUCCAAUAAGAAAAAAAUUAAACCUCUUCCUCUAAAUCCCCUCUCCCCUAAAAAUAAUUAGUCUCACAAAACAUUUAAGUUUCCAAAAAAAAUACAUGAUUAAUUAACCUGCUUUAAAAUGCCAGCAAUAUACCAGGCAUGGGACAGUGCUAAGAAAGUGUGAAUGUCCCCUGGCAGUCAGAAGGAAACUGAAAAGCUUAAGGGGAUAACUAUGUGGAAAGCAAUUUAUUGGCAUUUACCGUAAGAGGCCUGAGAGUCAUUGAAAGAAGACUAAGUCACAAAUGCACCUUGAAGUGUGACCAGGGGAGCAGAUGAAGGGUUUGUUGUAAGAAGCAGCCAGAGCCUCUGGCGGAUGCCGUACUACAUUUUCCAAGUUGUUUGGGUGGGUCACAACUGCACUCCAACAUCCUGUCUGCAAAUGCUAAAUAAACACCAAGUUCACGUCAGACUAGAGAACCAACGUACUAACUAAUGCCAUUUAAGCAAUCAGAAUGCUUACAUUAUUUUCACUUGGUAAUUCACAUCCAAAAUAAUUGAAGUUGGCACACCCAGAGGAGUAUAUAUUCUCCGUGUAGAUGUUCAGAGAGAUAGGCAGGCUGGUCAACUGUUCCUUCUGUUGGGAGCAAUUGGAAUCAGCUUAGAUUAUAUCUACUGUAAUAGAAAAUAUUUUAUAUUUAGGAGGUGGGAAAGGUUUUGGCCUUCGAAAUAAUAAGAGAUAUUGACAAGAUAUAAAGCUUCAUUCCUUACUGAAGAGCUGUUAAGGAUUAGCAAACCCAAGUCUUUGUGUGUAGAGAUGAAUGAAAUUUGCAUUUUUUUUUAAAAAAAAUAAGGUUUAGAAAACAUUGUGCAAGGGAACAGCCUUAAUACGUGCAGCCACUUGUCCAGGAAUAAUACAUUCGAUUUUUCAGUUUAAAAUUCCAGUAUGUUCUGAUCCAAGGGUGCCUGUUACACUCUGCUGAAUUUUUAAGAGGUAAUUUACAUCUCUACAACCAGCUCCAAAGCAUGACAUUUCAUUACAUCCGCUCAGAAUGAACAGCUGCUAAGUCAUCAAGUUCUCUCAACUUUGCUUCUAAAGAGAAAGUUUAGUUUUAGUGCUUCAGUGAAAUACUUUUUUGAAAGAAUGACUUUUAUAAAAUUCAUUUGUUUAUUAUGGUAAAUAAACAACUUAAUGGCAAGGGGUGUGUUCCUUAUAAAGGUGCUCACGGAAUGUUACCCAGAAUAACACAGACAUCUCAUUUCCCAGAGAAGGAAAUGGUUUUAUAAGUUUUGUGAGGUCUCUUGUCUGCUUGGCCGGUUUACAGUGCUGGUCUCUGGAGCUGAUCCGCCCCUUUGCUUUGUAAGUCUCAGCAAUUGACUAGGCUAGGCUGGGCGCUGGGCUUUUCUUUCUUUCUUUUUUUUUUUCCUUUCUCACUGCCCUGCGGUGUUUUGAACUGCCUUCUUACAGACGUCAUACAGCCCUUGAGGAAUAGUUUCUGCCUGAUGAGAUUGAAUGAUAGUUCUCAUUCACAAAACCCUGGAUUCUAAGCAGGGACACACAGAAAUUACUUUUGCAGGUAAAUCAGCCCACCCAGCCAAAGUGUGGAGAGCUUUGUUCCUUGGCUGACUUCUUUGCUCCACGGAGAGGAGUGUUUUCCUGUGCUUGCCCUGAAAUGGAACUUCCUUGACAGCUCUCCCGUGUUACAGUACCUCCCGGUCAUUUUCUUUUUUUCUCUCUCUACCUGUGCUCUUCGAGUGUCAGAAACCUUUAAAUCUGUUACUAUGGAAUUGCAAAAAAGAGAUCAAGUGACUCUUUCACUAUGCUGGUUUCCCUUGUGACCCAGAUGAAGAAUCAAUUCAGAAUUCAGUUCCUCCCUUGGCACUGCAAGACACAGAAGAAACUGUCACUUCCUAACAGCCUAGUACUGAAGUAAAUUCAGUAUGAAGGAAGAAAGCGCUCCUGCGUGUUAGAACCUUGCCCAUGAGCUGGACCGAGGACAGGAGGUGGACUCCGGGAACAUUGGAUUUCUUCAAGCAGCCUCCCUUGGAAAUGGAAUAUCUUUAAAAUCUUCUUUGCAGAAAGACAGUUAGAAUGUAUUAAUCAGAAUAGUUGAAGACUUAUUUUCCUUUUUAUUUUUUUUCAAAAUGAGCAUUAUUAUGAAGCCAAGAUCCCGAUCUACAAGUUCCCUAAGGACUGCAGAGGCAGUUUGUUUUGAUGUGGACAAUGGCACAUCUGCGGGACGGAGUCCCUUGGAUCCCAUGACCAGCCCAGGAUCCGGGCUAAUUCUCCAAGCAAAUUUUGUCCACAGUCAACGACGGGAGUCCUUCCUGUAUCGAUCCGACAGCGAUUAUGACCUCUCUCCAAAGUCUAUGUCCCGGAACUCCUCCAUUGCCAGUGAUAUACACGGAGAUGACUUGAUUGUGACUCCAUUUGCUCAGGUCUUGGCCAGUCUGCGAACUGUACGAAACAACUUUGCUGCAUUAACUAAUUUGCAAGAUCGAGCACCUAGCAAAAGAUCACCCAUGUGCAACCAACCAUCCAUCAACAAAGCCACCAUAACAGAGGAGGCCUACCAGAAACUGGCCAGCGAGACCCUGGAGGAGCUGGACUGGUGUCUGGACCAGCUAGAGACCCUACAGACCAGGCACUCCGUCAGUGAGAUGGCCUCCAACAAGUUUAAAAGGAUGCUUAAUCGGGAGCUCACCCAUCUCUCUGAAAUGAGUCGGUCUGGAAAUCAAGUGUCAGAGUUUAUAUCAAACACAUUCUUAGAUAAGCAACAUGAAGUGGAAAUUCCUUCUCCAACUCAGAAGGAAAAGGAGAAAAAGAAAAGACCGAUGUCUCAGAUCAGUGGAGUCAAGAAAUUGAUGCACAGCUCUAGUCUGACUAAUUCAAGUAUCCCAAGGUUUGGAGUUAAAACUGAACAAGAAGAUGUCCUUGCCAAGGAACUAGAAGAUGUGAACAAAUGGGGUCUUCAUGUUUUCAGAAUAGCAGAGUUGUCUGGUAACCGGCCCUUGACUGUUAUCAUGCACACCAUUUUUCAGGAACGGGAUUUAUUAAAAACAUUUAAAAUUCCAGUAGAUACUUUAAUUACAUAUCUUAUGACUCUCGAAGACCAUUACCAUGCUGAUGUGGCCUAUCACAACAAUAUCCAUGCUGCAGAUGUUGUCCAGUCUACUCAUGUGCUAUUAUCUACACCUGCUUUGGAGGCUGUGUUUACAGAUUUGGAGAUUCUUGCAGCAAUUUUUGCCAGUGCAAUACAUGAUGUAGAUCAUCCUGGUGUGUCCAAUCAAUUUCUGAUCAAUACAAACUCUGAACUUGCCUUGAUGUACAAUGAUUCCUCAGUCUUAGAGAACCAUCAUUUGGCUGUGGGCUUUAAAUUGCUUCAGGAAGAAAACUGUGACAUUUUCCAGAAUUUGACCAAAAAACAAAGACAAUCUUUAAGGAAAAUGGUCAUUGACAUCGUACUUGCAACAGAUAUGUCAAAACACAUGAAUCUACUGGCUGAUUUGAAGACUAUGGUUGAAACUAAGAAAGUGACAAGCUCUGGAGUUCUUCUUCUUGAUAAUUAUUCCGAUAGGAUUCAGGUUCUUCAGAAUAUGGUGCAUUGUGCAGAUCUGAGCAACCCAACAAAGCCUCUCCAGCUGUACCGCCAGUGGACGGACCGGAUAAUGGAGGAGUUCUUCCGCCAAGGAGACCGAGAGAGGGAACGUGGCAUGGAGAUAAGCCCCAUGUGUGACAAGCACAAUGCUUCCGUGGAAAAAUCACAGGUGGGAUUCAUAGACUAUAUUGUUCAUCCCCUCUGGGAGACAUGGGCAGACCUCGUCCACCCUGACGCCCAGGAUAUUUUGGACACUUUGGAGGACAAUCGUGAAUGGUACCAGAGCACAAUCCCUCAGAGCCCCUCUCCUGCACCUGAUGACCCAGAGGAGGGCCGGCAGGGUCAAACUGAGAAAUUCCAGUUUGAACUAACUUUAGAGGAAGAUGGUGAGUCAGACACGGAAAAGGACAGUGGCAGUCAAGUGGAAGAAGACACUAGCUGCAGUGACUCCAAGACUCUUUGUACUCAAGACUCAGAGUCUACUGAAAUUCCCCUUGAUGAACAGGUUGAAGAGGAGGCAGUAGGGGAAGAAGAGGAAAGCCAGCCUGAAGCCUGUGUCAUAGAUGAUCGUUCUCCUGACACGUAACAGUGCAAAAACUUUCAUGCCUUUUUUUUUUUUUAAGUAGAAAAAUUGUUUCCAAAGUGCAUGUCACAUGCCACAACCACGGUCACACCUCACUGUCAUCUGCCAGGACGUUUGUUGAACAAAACUGACCUUGACUACUCAGUCCAGCGCUCAGGAAUAUCGUAACCAGUUUUUUCACCUCCAUGUCAUCAGAGCAAGGUGGACAUCUUCACGAAUAGCGUUUUUAACAAGAUUUCAGCUUGGUAGAGCUGACAAAGCAGAUAAAAUCUACUCCAAAUUGUUUUCAAGAGAGUGUGACUCAUCAGGCAGCCCAAAAGUUUAUUGGACUUGGGGUUUCUAUUCCUUUUUAUUUGUUUGCAAUAUUUUCAGAAGAAAGGCAUUGCACAGAGUGAACUUAAUGGACGAAGCAACAAAUAUGUCAAGAACAGGACAUAGCACGAAUCUGUUACCAGUAGGAGGAGGAUGAGCCACAGAAAUUGCAUAAUUUUCUAAUUUCAAGUCUUCCUGAUACAUGACUGAAUAGUGUGGUUCAGUGAGCUGCACUGACCUCUACAUUUUGUAUGAUAUGUAAAACAGAUUUUUUUGUAGAGCUUACUUUUAUUAUUAAAUGUAUUGAGGUAUUAUAUUUAAAAAAACUAUGUUCAGAACUUCAUCUGCCACUGGUUAUUUUUUUCUAAGGAGUAACUUGCAAGUUUUCAGUACAAAUCUGUGCUACACUGGAUAAAAAUCUAAUUUAUGAAUUUUACUUGCACCUUAUAGUUCAUAGCAAUUAACUGAUUUGUAGUGAUUCAUUGUUUUAUAUACCAAUGACUUCCAUAUUUUAAAACAGAAAAACAACUUUAUGUUGCAGGAAACCCUUUUUGUAAGUCUUUAUUAUUUACUUUUUGCAUUUUGUUUCACUCUUUCCAGAUAAGCAGAGUUGCUCUUCACCAGUGUUUUUCUUCAUGUGCAAAGUGACUAUUUGUUCUAUAAUACUUUUAUGUGUGUUAUAUCAAAUGUGUCUUAAGCUUCAUGCAAACUCAGUCAUCAGUUGGUGUUGUCUGAAGCAAGUGGGAGAUAUAUAAAUACCCAGUAGCUAAAAUGGUCAGUCUUUUUUAGAUGUUUUCCUACUUAGUAUCUCCUAAUAACGUUUUGCUGUGUCAAUAGAUGUUCAUUUCACAAGUGCAUGUCUUUCUAAUAAUCCACACAUUUCAUGCUCUAAUAAUCCACACAUUUCAUGCUCAUUUUUAUUGUUUUUACAGCCAGUUAUAGUAAGAAAAAGGUUUUUCCCCUUGUGCUGCUUUAUAAUGUAGCGUGUGUUUGAACCUUAUCCAUGUUUGCUAGAUGAGGUCUUGUCAAAUAUAUCACUACCGUUGUCACCGAUGAAAAGAAACAGGUAGUCAAGUUAGGGUUAACAUUCAUUUCAGCCAUGAGGUUGUACAUCAUGACUAGCUUUUACUCUUGGUUUACAGAGAAAUGUUAAACAGCCAACUAGGCAGUUUUUAAGAAUAUUAACAAACACCAACACAACUAAUCCUAUUUGGUUUUAAUGAUUUCACCAUGGAAUUAAGAACUAUAUCAGGAACAUCCCUGAGAAAUGGUUUUAAGCGUAGCAACUACUCUUCCUUAAUGGACAGCCACAUAACAUGUAGGAAGUCCUUUAUCACUUAUCCUCGAUCCAUAAGCAUAUCUUGCAGAGGGGAACUACUUCUUUAAACACAUGGAGGGAAAGAAGAUGAUGCCACUGGCACCAGAGGGUUAGCACUGUGAUGCAUCCUAAAAUAUUAUAUUGGUAAAAAUUCUGGUUAAAUAAAAAAUUAGAGAUCACUCUUGGCUGAUUUCAGCACCAGGAACUGUAUUACAGUUUUAGAGAUUAAUUCCUAGUGUUUACCUGAUUAUAGCAGUUGGCAUCAUGGGGCAUUUAAUUCUGACUUUAUCCCCAUGUCAGCCUUAAUAAAGUCUUCUUUACCUUCUCUAUGAAGACUUUAAAGCCCAAAUAAUCAUUUUUCACAUUGAUAUUCAAGAAUUGAGAUAGAAGCCAAAGUGGGUAUCUGACAAGUGGAAAAUCAAACGUUUAAGAAGAAUUACAACUCUGAAAAGCAUUUUUAUUUGGAACUUCUCAAGGAGCCUCCUGGGGACUGGAAAGUAAGUCAUCAGCCAGGCAAAUGACUCAAGCUGAAGAGAGUCCCCAUUUCAGUCCCCUGAGAUCUAGCUGAUGCUUAGAUCCUUUGAAAUAAAAAUUAUGUCUUUAUAACUCUGAUCUUUUACAUAAAGCAGAAUAGGAAUCAACUAGUUAAUUGCAAGGUUUCUACUCUCUUUCCUCUGUAAAGAUCAGAUGGUAAUCUUUCAAAUAAGAAAAAAAUAAAGACGUAUGUUUGACCAAGUAGUUUCACAAGAAUAUUUGGGAACUUGUUUCUUUUAUUUGUCCCUGAGUGAAGUCUAGAAAGAAAGGUAAAGAGUCUAGAGUUUAUUCCUCUUUCCAAAACAUUCUCAUUCCUCUCCUCCCUACACGUAGUAUUUCCCCCACAGAGUGCCUAGAAUCUUAAUAAUGAAUAAAAUAAAAAGCAGCAAUAUGUCAUUAACAAAUCCAGACCUGAAAGGGUAAAGGGUUUAUAACUGCACUAAUAAAGAGAGGCUUUUUUUUUUUUUCCAGUUUGUUGGUUUUUAAUGGUACCAUGUUGUAAAGAUACCCACUAAUGGACAAUCAAAUUGCAGAAAAGGCUCAAUAUCCAAGAGACAGGGACUAAUGCACUGUACAAUCUGCUUAUCCUUGCCCUUCUCUCUCGCCAAAGUGUGCUUCAGAAAUAUAUACUGCUUUAAAAAAGAAUAAAAGAAUAUCCUUUUACAAGUGGCUUUACAUUUCCUAAAAUGCCAUAAGAAAAUGCAAUAUCUGGGUACUGUAUGGGGAAAAAAAUGUCCAAGUUUGUGUAAAACCAGUGCAUUUCAGCUUGCAAGUUACUGAACACAAUAAUGCUGUUUUAAUUUUGUUUUAUAUCAGUUAAAAUUCACAAUAAUGUAGAUAGAACAAAUUACAGACAAGGAAAGAAAAAACUUGAAUGAAAUGGAUUUUACAGAAAGCUUUAUGAUAAUUUUUGAAUGCAUUAUUUAUUUUUUGUGCCAUGCAUUUUUUUCUCACCAAAUGACCUUACCUGUAAUACAGUCUUGUUUGUCUGUUUACAACCAUGUAUUUAUUGCAAUGUACAUACUGUAAUGUUAAUUGUAAAUUAUCUGUUCUUAUUAAAACAUCAUCCCAUGAUGGGAUGGUGUUGAUAUAUUUGGAAACUCUUGGUGAGAGAAUGAAUGGUGUGUAUACAUACUCUGUACAUUUUUCUUUUCUCCUGUAAUAUAGUCUUGUCACCUUAGAGCUUGUUUAUGGAAGAUUCAAGAAAACUAUAAAAUACUUAAAGAUAUAUAAAUUUAAAAAAACAUAGCUGCAGGUCUUUGGUCCCAGGGCUGUGCCUUAACUUUAACCAAUAUUUUCUUCUGUUUUGCUGCAUUUGAAAGGUAACAGUGGAGCUAGGGCUGGGCAUUUUACAUCCAGGCUUUUAAUUGAUUAGAAUUCUGCCAAUAGGUGGAUUUUACAAAACCACAGACAACCUCUGAAAGAUUCUGAGACCCUUUUGAGACAGAAGCUCUUAAGUACUUCUUGCCAGGGAGCAGCACUGCAUGUGUGAUGGUUGUUUGCCAUCUGUUGAUCAGGAACUACUUCAGCUACUUGCAUUUGAUUAUUUCCUUUUUUUUUUUUUUUUUUUUUAACUCGGAAACACAACUGGGGAAAUAUAUUCUUUCCCAGUGAUUAUAAACAAUCUUUUUCUUUUUUUAAAGUCCUUUUGGCUUCUAGAGCUCAUAGGAAAAUGGACUUGAUUUGAAAUUGGAGCCAGAGUUUACUCGUGUUGGUUAUCUAUUCAUCAGCUUCCUGACAUGUUAAGAGAAUCUAUUAAAGAGAAAAUACUGUUUUUUAAUCGUAAAAUUGUUCUUCCACUAAGAUAAACCAAAUGUCCUUACAUAUACGUAAACCCAUCUAUUUAAACACAAAGUUGGGUUGAUGUCAGUUUACAUAGCAGAAAGCAUUCACCAUCCUCUAAGAUUUGUUUCUGCAAAACUUUCAUUGCUUUAGAAUUUUAAAAUUUCACCUUGUACAAUGGCCAGCCCCUAAAGCAGGAAACAUUUAUAAUGGAUUAUAUGGAAACAUCCUCCCACUACUUGCCCAGCCCUUGAAUCAUGUGGCUUUUCAGUGAAAGGAAAGAUUCUUUUUCUAGGAAAAAUGAGCCUAUUUUAUUUUAUUUUAUUUUUUGACACAAACUGUAGAUUUUAGCAGCCCUGGCCCAAAGGAAUUUGAUUACUUUUGUUUUAAACAGUACAAAGGGGACACUAUAAUUACAAAAACAUCCUUAACUGAUUUGAGUUGUUUUUAUUUCUUUGGAUAUAUUUUCAGAGUGGUAAAUUGUGUGUGAGAAUUACAAAUGAUUAUUCUUUUAGUGGUUUCUUAGCCUCUCUUACAGCCCACGGGGAUAGUACUGUACAUCAAUACCUUCAUAUGAAAUUUUUAUAUGCAAUGAAAAUAAAAGCAUGGGUUGAUUCUGCCUA